AGACAACGAUCCAUGUAUUGUGGGCAAGAAAGCGUGAAUUGGUACAUCCACCCACCAAUCAGACCUCUUGGUGUGAUCUUGAAGAAGUUUCAGAAAUUCCCUUUUCAUCUCAAUUUAAUUCUCGCCCCCCCUGCGAUCUUAAUAUCUGGUCAAACUCUCAAAGCAAAAUAAAAUUAUCGCCUUCACGCUAUAUCUUUGGAUCGAUUUUGAAGUUUGUAUUUGGCCAUGAAUCCUGAAUACGAUUACCUUUUCAAGCUUUUGCUAAUUGGAGAUUCUGGUGUAGGAAAAUCAUGUCUUCUUUUACGAUUUGCUGAUGAUUCAUAUCUUGAAAGUUAUAUUAGUACCAUUGGUGUAGACUUUAAAAUUCGCACAGUAGAGCAGGAAGGAAAAACUAUUAAACUCCAAAUAUGGGACACUGCUGGACAAGAACGUUUUAGAACAAUUACUAGCAGCUACUACCGUGGGGCACAUGGUAUCAUUGUGGUUUAUGACGUGACUGAUCAAGACAGCUUCAACAAUGUUAAGCAAUGGUUAAACGAAAUUGACCGAUAUGCUGGUGAUAAUGUUAACAAGCUUCUUGUUGGAAACAAGUGUGAUCUCACAGACCAAAAAGUUGUGUCAUCCGAUACAGCUAAAGCAUUUGCAGAUGAACUUGGGAUUCCUUUCAUGGAAGCAAGUGCAAAAAAUGCCACUAAUGUCGAGGAGACUUUCAUGGCUAUGGCUGCUGCAAUCAAGAACAGGAUGGCAAGUCAACCGGGCAUGAACAAUGCCCGACCUCCAACUGUGCAGAUCAAAGGGCACCCCGUUAACCAGAAAUCUGGUUGCUGCUCUUCCUAGAAGGAAAAUUAAAAAUCAACUGCUGUGAUGUUUCGUGGCGUAUAAAGUUGGGUUCUUCGGUUCUUCCAUUGAUGCUUUAAAACUCAGCAUAAUUACUGUUUCUUAUGUUAUUUUGGUACUCUGUGGAAAUGUUCCUUUAUUCAACGUGUUUGAUUCAAAGAAUAUUUGUACAAAGUUGUACAAAAUUGAAAUUCUUCUCUAAUUAAUUAUGUGUCACAGUUUAAUCUUCUUUAAAUUU